CCCGAUUCGCCGAACACCGGUUAGCACACACGCUAAUGUGACUGUAGCUCAUUUCACCCCUGAUAAACUCAUUCUCCUGAAUGCAGAGAUCGAUCUCGGGCUGUAUUGAGGUGAAUCACUGAGUCGAUAUCAGCUGUCAGAUAUCAGGAUGUUCAACCCACAUCAGCACCAGCAGCAGCAGCAGCAGCAGUUUCAUCAGCACCUGCGACAGCUGCAGCAGCUCUUUCAGCAGCAGACACCUCCACCACCUCCUCCACCACCACCACCACCACAACCUCCACCUGCUCAUCACAUCACACAUCACCAUCAGACUGCACGGUCUAUAGCUGUGCCCGCCCCUGCGCCCCCUCCAGCCCGCAUGGUAAACCUCUGCUCAGCCACUCAAGCCAUCAUUGCACCCAAUCCCAUGCUGCAGGGGGCGCUACUCAUGCAACAAAUGCAGGCGGGCAGCAUGCGAGGGUUUGCUAUGGGUGGGCAGCAGUUCCCUCAGUUCUUCGCUCCUGGAUCCAGAGCAUCUCUCCUCGGGCCAGUCCCAAUGGGAGUGGCCAUCAAAACGCCACACAUGGGAUUCUCUCGACAUUUCACCCCACACGCACGCUACUUCAGCAAUGACUAUCAGUCACGUCAGCCAGACAGGAAAAGGGAAAGCGAGCAUAAGUCUGCUGUGAACAACGACAGUCAAUCAGAAGCGGGCAGCAGCAGAGCUGCAGAUGAAGCUGCAGGUGUUGCUGAUCCCAGUUGUCAAUCAUCUUCAGAACCGCUCGAUGAACCGGCAGCCAAAAAACAGAAGACUGACGGGUCAGAGGAGCUUGUGGAGGCCGAAUCGACUCAAAUCAGUGAAUAUAAACAUCCAGAUCCUGCAGAGUGUCCACUGCAGGAAGCAGGCAGCAUGGACGGCCCAGAUGCCGCUGAGGCAGAUGAACCGAGUCGAGCGGCCCAGCAGGUUAAAUGUACAGAAGACAACAUCGCUCAAGAGCAUGAGAACAGUGACAUCACCGAUGACAUCACAGACUCUGAUGCAGUCACUGACAUCAAGGAGACUUCUCUCACGGCCAGAGGUCAGGAGGAGGUCAAAGAUGGAGGAGGAGAGACCGCCAGCAGGUUCUUCUGCUACAUUUGCAACAUCACGUGCCAUAACCAGCAGAGUUUCCAGAGCCAUAUGAACGGACUGACGCACCAGCAGAAGAUGAUGGAGAUCCAGCACAUGAGCAACGCGUGUCUCGUCACGCUGCUGCCACGAGUCCAAGAGUCUCUGCAAGGAGCUCGUAAAGACGGAGAGAAGAGACCAGGCCUGCAGAGGUGGUGCUCCACCUGCCAAACUCACUUCACCACCAACGUCAUGGACCAUCGCAGAACAAAUGAGCACAAGCGCUGUAGUCGCUCGUCCUGCACCCGCUGUACUGUCUGUAAGCACGACUUCAGGACGCCCCGAGAGUUUGUGGAGCACAUGCAGUCGACAGAGCAUAAACAAAGAGUCGAGCGGCUGUGGAAGGAGUCGGGAAAAGACGGCAUGGAUGAGCUGAACGCUGAGUCGUUUUUGGGUGAUGAGGACGGGGAUUUCACCGAUGAUGAGAGGGAGGAAGAGGAACACGGGAAGGAGGGUUUAUCGGCACAGAUGGAGGUCGCAAUGGAAGAUCUGACUGAAGACGAGGAGUUUGACCCGGACACCGUAUACGGAUCGAGUUUUGUGGUUCCUGUCGCUGGGUUUCUCUGUCGACUCUGCAAUCAUUUCUUUCACUUUGAGUCUUCAGCUCGACACGUUCACUGCAAAACACUCAAACACUUCCACAGUCUGAAGAGUUAUAAAGCCUUAAAGACACAUGAAGACGCCGGAUCAACUUCAGCAGACCAUCCCAGUCCAGAUCAAACCAGCACCAGAGAACCUCCGUGUCCCUCACCAGAGUCUCUCAACCCAAAACCAGCCCUCCAAACGCCACAGUCCAGCUGCAUUAGCUCACUUCCUGUCCUCCGGAUCAGCAGCGACCCGGAAACCAACCGGACGCCAGACCAGCAGCCGAAGCAGGACGAAGAUCUCACGGGUGUGGCGCACUCGACUCCUCCCUGCCAAUCUGGAGAGGACGCAGACGAUGAACCAAUUACAGCACAGCCUGAGGAGGAGGAGGAGGAGGAGGGCGGCAUUAUCUCAGAGGGGCGGGGCAUCAAGGGUCGUGACCGGACUCUGGCUAAGAGACGAGGACGAGGAGGGAGACGAUGCUGAAAAUGAUCCUGAGAGACUGCGCACAGGACCCUAGUGAAAACACCCCCUCAGUAGACAACAGUUUGUGCCAUGAUUUUGAGCCUCUAACCCUGUUUGUGUGAAGAACCCCUCAGUGCGGAUGAAGUACGCAGGGACUUCGAUCCGACCUGACGUGUCCAGGUCAUAUUAUACGGCAAAAUAAGAGCGAUAAGAAAAAGCCUGUGACGGGGCGGAGGGCGGAGUCGUGAUUCUACACACCCAUCCCGUUAUCAAGCUAAUCAAGCCUCCGAGAGAGAUAAAGGCCGACAGCGGACGGUGGAGCGAGAGAGGGCGUGAGAGAGCGAGCGUGAGAGAGCGAGCGUGAGAGAGAGAGCGUGAGAGAGCGUGAGGGAGCGAGCGUGUUUACGGGCAGCUGUCCGACGUGUGUGUGUGUGUGUGUGUGUUUGUUUAUAAUUAAACUAUUAUUUAUUUCGUCAAGCCGGUUCUCGCCGCCUCCUUUCCUUUAAUCACUUUACACUGGUGCCGAAAUCUGGGGAGGAGGAGGGAUGCACCGUAGUGGAGUUCUCGCCGCUACGUCCACCCCAACGGAGCAGCAGCGGCCAUCUGCCAGGGGCCGGAGGAGCCAAGCCGCCUGGAAGUGGAGGAACGGCCGCCAACCGCGAGGGGAGAAUGGGCCACUGCCAGGGGCGGGGGGAGACCCCUUCUGUUCCCCGAGAACAUGGCGGGGCGUUCCGUCCGCCAAGGGCUGGAUGUCUGCCUCUGAUCCGCCCGGAGAGGCGCGGCUGUCGUCCAUUAAAGGGUGGAGGAGUGGCCGAGGACCAAGCUACGGCGUAUCAGAGAACCGGCUUGACAAUAUAAAUUAUAUUUAAUUGUAAUCUCACACACAUGACUGACAGCUGCCCGUAAACGCUCUCUCUCUCUCUCCGUCGCUCCACCAUCCGCUGUCGGCCUUUAUCUCUCUCGGAGGCUUGAUUAGCCUGAUAACUGGAUAACGACCCCGCCCUCCGUCCCGUCACAGUAACGUUAAUAAAUCUCACUGUCGAGACUGUAAUGGGAAAACGUAUUUGUCAAGACGUCUGUAUUCCCACAGGAUGAUGUCAUCAGUGGAUUUCAAGAGUUUUGUGCAGAACACUAAUGAGAAUUGAGGAAACAUGCGCUAAAUUGUCCGAACGCAAAACGGUUUUCUCUGAAAUAUGACCUGGACACGUUACUGGUGAGAUUCGCCCGUCACGAGUGACCUUUGACCCACAGGUUUGUAGUGAAUGUAGCAGCUUUGUCAAAUGUUUUAAAAUGAAGGUAUGUUUUUGCUCUUUUGAUAUUUAUGGCGCACUGAAUUAUUCUGUCGAUGUUAUUUUGUGACUUCUUUGAGUUGUUAUAAAGUGUUUGGAUGGAGCGGCUGUUUUGGUUUGAAAAGCGUCAUUAAACCAGCACUAAACAUGUUUUGUAGGCGUUGUCUCAGUGAGCAGCGUCUCGAGCGUUGGGUUAGUCCAACUUCCUGUGUGACUUCCUGUGUUCAGGUGGCGUCUCAUAUUUCUACUUGAUGAAACUUUGAGUUGUUAUUAUAUCAGUCGUGUUCUCUUUAGGGUGUAGAGACCUCCGUCCUCUUGUUACAGCGUAAAAAACCCUCAAAAACACUGUUGAUUUAAAGUGACAGUUCAUGUGAAAAUGAAAGUUCUGUCAUCAUUUACUCAGCCACAUGUUGUUCCAAACCCAUCUAGCAAAUGGAGAUUAUUAGAGGAGCAUAAACAAUCAUCAGGAUUUCUCCUCGGUUUGGAUCUAAUGUAUUCUGAAUGUUCCUGACAGGUUUGUAUUUUGAGGAUUGGACAUAUUAAAGGGUGUUCUUCAAUCGUUUCAGCCUGUGAUCACCGUUUAGGAACGGUUCAUUUCAGCGAAACGCUCGUGUUGGUACAUUUGACUCGUAUUUUUGGUUAUUCCCAUUAAAUAGGUCAAGAACGUGCAGGUCAGACAGUAUUUCACCACAAAAUCAAAAAACAUUGUAUUUUAUAUGAAGACAGUAAGUCUGUAUUUGGGACAGUUACGACUAUUUGCAUUUUGACAUUUUCUUGGAAAUUACGCAACAGCAAAUUUCAUGCAGUACCAGCCUUGUCCACCAGGUGCCACUAUCAGAAAACAUGUAAUCUUACGCUUUUAAUGCUUUCUCUGUUGCUAUAUAGUUAAAUAAUACAUUUAUUAUUAAUUAAGGGUUUGCAAACCUUAAUCAAGGUGACAUAUGUUUUAUAUGGCUUUUAAAAAAUAUAAAAAAUGAUGGUCUAUUUUGACAUUUUGUGAUUUGAAUUACUAGUAGUUUAGCAACUUGAUUCAUUCACACAAGA